GAUCCGCCCGGCUCCAAGUUCCUCCCUUCCUGGGGUCCAGACCCCCGCUUUGCCCCUGCAGUACCCUAGAGGGGUCUCUGCGCUUUCCCUUCCACCGACCCCUUGGAAUCCCCGCUUUCCGCCCUCAUUCGGAGUUUCCUAGGGCGUUUCAGGACGCCCGGGAGCGGAGGGCGACCCUGCCGGAGCGGCGUAGGGAAACUGAGGAUCAGUUUGAGGUGCUCGAGCGGCACACGCAGUGGGGUCUGGACCUGUUGGACAGAUACGUGAAGUUCGUGAAAGAGAGGACGGAGGUGGAGCAGGCUUAUGCAAAGCAGCUGCGGAGCCUGGUGAAAAAAUAUAUGCCUAAAAGACCUGGCAAAGAUGACCCAGAAUCCAAUUCCACCUAGAGGUAUGAGCUUGGAUGCAGAAACCAUAUUACCUGUGUUGGAAUUCUAAAUCCACUACUUUCCAGCCAAACUGCUUCCGCCAGUUGACUCAAGUUCUCCGCCUCUAUUUUCCUCGCCUGUUAAAUGGGAGAGGCUCCAACAGUUACUAAAUGAAUGACUCUGGGUUCAGCCAGCAACAGUCAUUUGUGCAGAUUCUCCAGGAGGUGAAUGAUUUUGCGGGCCAGCGGGAGCUGGUGGCCGAGAACCUCAGUGUCCACGUGUGUCUCGAGCUGGCCAAGUACUCACAGGAGAUGAAACAGGAGAGAAAGAUGCACUUCCAAGAAGGCCGUCGGGCCCAGCAGCAGCUGGAAAGUGGCUUCAAGCAGCUAGAGAAUAGUAAGCGUAAGUUUGAGCGGGACUGCCGGGAGGCUGAGAAGGCAGCUCAGACGGCCGAGCGGCUGGACCAGGAUAUCAAUGCCACCAAGGCUGAUGUGGAGAAGGCCAAGCAACAGGCCCACCUUCGGAGUCACAUGGCAGAAGAAAGCAAAAAUGAAUAUGCAGCCCAACUACAGCGCUUCAACCGAGACCAGGCUCACUUCUAUUUUUCCCAGAUGCCCCAGAUCUUUAAUAAGCUGCAGGACAUGGACGAGCGGCGGGCCACCCACCUGGGGGCUGGGUACAGGCUCCUGUCCGAGGCUGAGCUGCAGGUGGUACCCAUCAUCGCCAAGUGUUUGGAGGGCAUGAAGGUGGCCGCGGAUGCUGUGGAUGCCAAGAACGACUCCCAGGUCCUAAUCGAGCUGCACAAGUCAGGCUUUGCCCGCCCGGGCGACGUGGAAUUUGAAGACUUCAGCCAGCCCAUGAACCGCGUGCCCUCGGACAGCAGCCUGGGCACCCCCUCAGAUGGACGGCCUGAGCUCCGAGGCCCCGGCCGCAGCCGAGCUAAGCGCUGGCCCUUCAGCAAGAGGAACAAGCCGCGCCCUCCACCCCUCUCCCCCCUGGGGGGCCCCCUGCCCUCGGCAUUACCUAACGGACCCCCGUCCCCCCGCUCCGGCCUCGACCCCUUGGCCAUACUGAGUGAGAUCAGUAAGUCAGUCAAACCGCGGCUAGCAUCCUUCCGCAGCCUUCGAGGCAGCCGUGGGACAGUGGUGACCGAGGAUUUCAGCCACUUGCCCCCAGAGCAGCAGAGAAAGCGGCUUCAGCAGCAGCUGGAAGAACGGAACCGUGAACUACAGAAGGAGAUCGACCAGAGGGAGGCCUUGAAGAAAAUGAAGGAUGUAUAUGAGAAGACACCCCAGAUGGGGGACCCGGCCAGCUUGGAACCCCGGAUCACAGAAACCCUGAACAACAUCGAACGUCUGAAAUUGGAAGUACAGAAGUAUGAGGCUUGGCUGGCAGAAGCCGAGAGCCGGGUCCUAAGCAACCGGGGGGACACCCUGGGCCGGCACACUCGGCCUCCAGACCCCCCAGCCAGCGCCCCACCAGACAGCAGCAGCAACAGCAACAACGGAUCACAGGAUAAGGAGAGCUCUGAAGAGCCCCCCUCCGAGGAGGGUCAGGAUGCUCCCAUCUACACGGAGUUCGAUGAGGAUUUUGAGGAGGAGCCUGCAUCCCCCAUAGGUCACUGUGUGGCCAUCUACCAUUUUGAAGGGUCCAGCGAGGGCACCAUCUCCAUGGCCGAGGGCGAGGACCUCAGUCUCAUGGAAGAAGAUAAAGGCGACGGCUGGACCCGGGUCAGGCGGAAACAGGGAGGUGAGGGCUACGUGCCCACCUCCUACCUCCGUGUCACACUCAACUGAACCCUGCCAGAGGCGGGAAGAGGGGGGCUGUUGGCUGCUGCUUCUGGGCCACGGGGGGUGCCCCAGGACCUACGCACUUUAUUUCUUCCCCCGUGGCUUCAGCUGAGACCUGUGUAACCUGCUGCCCCCAGCCCCACCCCCCCACUCCUCACUCCACAUGGACCCGCUGUGCCUUCUACCAUCGAUGUACAUACUCAUGUUUCGAAUCUUUUCUUCCUGCCGCUCGGCUGGGGCCGUUUUGUUUUAUAUAAAAAAAUGAUGGAAA